AUGCAACGACGAAAUUCUCCUACUCGUCCAGCUGAUAAAUUGAAAGUAUUUCUUUGGACAUCCUUUUUAUGGUCAAUCGUUUUAUUUGUUCUUCUGGUCCUGUUUAUCAUUUUUUAUCCAUCAAAAUGUGAAACAAAUAAAAUAUUAAAAAGUGCACUAUGCUCAAUUGGACAAGCUCUUACAAGAAACUGUAAUAAAGAAUCAUCGUUCGAGAAUGUACAAAUAAUUGAAAAAGAAUCUGUUGCAACGGUGACCGCCAAAUCUGCUCCUGGAUCAUAUGACUGGUCUCGAAAAUAUCGUGAUACGUAUUCACAAUGUGAUAGUCUGAUUGAUGAAUGUUCGAAUGAUGAUAAUUAUGUUAUCAAACCAGAAGUUGCAAAAAAUCCUGAACAUUAUCCAGGUGAAAUGGGUAAACCCUAUUUAUUAACCGAAAAUAUGGAAGAAGAAUCAAAGCGACGUUUUUCUGAAAAUAUGUUUGAUAUUGUUGUGUCAGAUCAUAUUGCAUUAGAUCGAGCAAUGCCAGAUAUAAGAAAUGAUCAUUGUAAAGCUCGAUCCAUAUUUCCAUCAAAUUUACCAAAUACUAGUAUAAUUAUCGUAUUUCAUAACGAGGGCAAUUCAACAUUAUUACGAACUUUAGUUUCGAUAAUUAAUCGUACACCAUGGAAACUAAUUCAUGAAAUUAUUUUAUUAGAUGAUGCUAGUAUCGAUAGAGAAUAUUUACACGAACCAUUACAACAAUUUAUAUCAACAUUACCGGUUAACGCAGAUUUGACAAUUUUGAGUAUUUAG